AUGGAAAAGAAUGUACCACCGGAUCUUCAUAAAUGGCUAAGGAAAUGCUUAAAGAAGGAGUUUGGAAAAACCAUACAAAGCGCUAUAGAUAAGGAACAGGAGCCGAACGAUAUCGUUUACAAGCUCACGCGUUCGAAAGACAUGGCCACUUUAUUGAGUUCUAUGAAGAAGGCAAUUGCCGAGCAAUAUAUAGUAAUAAAACCUUCAUCCGCGGCAUCGCGAUCGCAAUCAUCACUUUCCUUUACCAGCGAUCUCACAGCGGACGAUUGGGCCUCCCCGCAAGGAAACGGUGAAGAAUAUAGUUGUAUUAUCGAUAGGAUCAGUCGCGAUAAACCAGUUCACGUGAGACUGGCCGGCUACGAAAUUUUAUUAAAGAUUGAAUUGUCCAAUAUAAAUAACAGUUCGCAAUGGGACAUUCUUCAAAAAACGUUGCUGGACGGUCUCACGGACGAUAGCAGAGCCAUAUUCGAAGCUAGCUUGCAGAUACAUGCGAAGUUACUCAAUUUCCCACAAUUACAUAGCAUAUAUGGCAAUUUAUUAGGCGCGUUCAAUGCGCAAUAUCAUUCGCAGAAGAUGCGCGAGACUCUGCCUACUCUAAUCUCUGGAAUUAAUUUCAAAUUCUUCCUACACGAGAAACUGUUCUAUAUAAUGUAUCUGAUAAUUCAAUGUCAAAAACAGAUGUUGAAGAACACUAGGCAUAGCGACAAGACUAUAGAAGAAAUCAUUGAACAAUUUAUAGUAUUUCUCAGUACGCAUAGUUUUGGCAAUAAAUUGCAACCUAAAACCUUAAACAUGUUAAACAUUAUCUCGGUGUUGGAGCCUCAGGCCAAAUGGAGCAAGAGAUGGCUACAUAGCUUUUCUACAAGAAAAAUUUUCGUCGCCGCUUUGGCCAAGUCUCCGACGUUUCUGCAGAACGUUGUCGAAUGCGUCAUGAACGGUCUGAAAGAAAUACCUUGUUUCCUGUCAGCAUCUAUCGGGGAUGAGGGCAACGAGCUGUGUAUUUCCGGGAAUACGAUAGAAAUUACAACCUAUCUGCAUUGUUUGGUUUUCAUUUCGCAGCUUUGUAGCUACAAGGCGAGUAGAACAUUGUUCACGGAAAAUUCGUUGAAAACGCCAUUGGACAUCGCUGAUUUCCUAAUAGAAUUAUUGAAUUCCCUAAAUAAGUUAGCAACAGAAGCAUCGAGCGGAGUAUACAAUACUUCUUGUAGUGCUCUGCAAAACGUACUCAAUGUAUCAGAAAUAUUAUACAAUGCUGAAUUUUAUCAUAUCGCGUUAUGCCAUUUGAUGUCUCUUCCUGAAAACGAUAUAAAAAUUUGGCCACACAUAUUGAACAUUAUUUCUCACAUGGUAGAUACGGUCGAUGGAUCGGUAUUUUUGACCUCGCAUUGUAAGAAGCAUUCUGCAACAAAUUCUGAAAACGCAUCAUUAAAAUGCCCAGUUGCGGUCGUAGUACAGUAUGCGUCGAAUUUAUUAAAACAACCAUUUUCCAUAAUGGAUACAGAAUGUGUCCUUAACUCAUUUAGCUUGUUAGAGAAAUUAUUCGGCGUUAUUUAUGACGCUUACGAAGCCGCGCAGGAACAAAUAGAAACGCAAUUUUAUCCAGCUGUUGCUAAUUUUUACAAAAAAUUAAAUAAAUGUGGCGUCGAGAACGAGAAUAAAAUUCAGCAACUUGAUAGAUUUCUAAAAUUUUAUUACAGCGCUAUCAAAAAGGUUUUACUAAAAAUGGUAUCGAUACCGCUCGGCUUGCAAGCUCUCGUCAACGAGAAAUUGGUGUUCGAGGAAUUGAUUCGCGGAUUAAUCGUUCCUCUAAGAGCGACCUGGAGCUCCACCGACAUAGUCAGCUUCAUCUCGUCUGCUGGUUAUUUCGAUCUGGGCUAUAACGUGCUUGCGGAUCUCGGACCCCAUGUCCUGUCGACUUUACUAUCACAAACUUGCGCGAAUGCGGAAGAUCCCAAAUGCUUUUACGAUCCGUGGGGCAAAGAAAACGUCGACGAAUUUCUACAUAUACUUACGUUAUUUUCGCUCAAUUUUAAUUGUUUCGCCGCGUUUAUGACGAAUGACAACGAAUUGGAUAACAAUGAAGAAAAGGACUAUCCUUCGAAUUUAUCUGAACUAUUGCAGGCUGCGUUAAACGAGGAUUCUCGUUACCAUCAUUUGGGUCUUCUAUCAUUGAAUGUAGUAAUUUGGAAUAUAGACAUUUGUGUUUAUUUAAUAAACUCGUUAAACUUUCAGGUAGCAUUGUUAAAUAUUCAGAAGGAGAGCACGAUAAUAAUUGAAGUUCGUAACGAACAAAACGAUGAAACUGAUUAUGAGCAGACUACGAUAGAGAACGAUGAUAAUGAUAAGCCAGAGCUAACAAAAGAAUACAUAAUUGACAAUUCCAGUUUUUUACGACGUAAUAUUUUAUUGAAAUCGUAUUAUACGAUAUACAAUAGAAAGCAACACAAUGUACCAUUGGAAGAAUAUGAACUUUUUUCGGAAUUUCCACCUCCCAGGAUAUAUGCAGAUAUGAUAGAGUUUUCAGUUAUGGAAUGUGAUUCAGAACUAAAUGACAUGCUGCAAGAUGAGAGGCCCGGAUUAUUAGAUAUUGGUUGGGUAUCGCAAGUUAGGGUGGCUCAUAAAGCUUCGCGAUGUCCGAUGAAGAAUUCAACAAUGACGAAUUUAUUGAACCAAAUGCACAAAGCUAUCCCAACUGCGGAUUGGGUAGAACAAUUUGAAUGGCAGGAGAAUAUAACAUAUGAUGCAGACUAUUGGCUCCCGGAAGAUACACACGCAAUUAAUAUUGCUUUGAAUUACGCGGAACAACGGCAGAUUUUAAAGAACACUGAUGAUAAUCAGAAAAAUUUGAAACAAUUCAUUCAUUCUGCCUAUAUAUUUAUACAAUACAACAAACCGAACAGGUUCGAAGGUUUCGAUUGGUUCUUGACAACAGUAUUCAUUAUUUGUGAUGGAGAUUUAGACAAGUGCAAAACAUUUAUCAUGCAAUUAAUUCAAUUUCCAUCGACACUGCUCCUCUGGCCAAAAUUGGGCAGAGUUAUUGACGAAAAAAAUAACGAAAAUACUAGUUCGCAAUUCACUUUUAUGCAAGUUUUAGAAGCCAUGGUUAAUAUCGAGCUUCCAAAUAUUAAAUACGGUUUAAAGGAUGUUUGUGGUGUGAACUGGUGGAUGAUAUCCAAUAGAAUGAUAUCGCAAUGCUUCUGGGGACUUCUUCCAUGGAGUGAAAUAGUUCACUUUUUUGCAAUUUGCAUUUUGUAUCCUCCCGAUUAUAUGGUGUAUUAUUGUAUAUCACUUUUGCAAUAUUGCCGAGAUAUUUUGCUGGAGGAUUUUACAAGUAGAAAGAUGUGGCCAGAAAAUAUGAUAUUGGACGAGUAUCGUUGUCAUAAUUACAUUUCAUACAUGGAUAAUUUGGGGCAACGAUACAGAAAUCGAGUUUUACCGGCAAUGACUAAAAAUCUAAAUUCAGAAGAUGAAAUAUAAAUGUAUUUAAUGUAGCUUAUCAUCUUGAUAUCUUAAAAAAAUAAGAAAGAGAAAAAUAUGCACAUAUAACAUUAACAAUAUAUAUAAAACAGCAAACUUUAUCCUGCAAAUGAAAAUAUUUUAUAUAGAUUCUUUAUGUUGAGGAAAUUAUAUAUCAGUAAAAUGAUGUAUCUAUGUAACAAAUAACAAUUAACGUUGUAUAUAAUUAAUAAAAUUAUCUUUUUUAUU